UCGCCUAUCAGCUUAAUAUUUAUUAUUUUCAAUUUUGUAUUUUUGUUUUGUAUAGGAUGCCAAUGGUCUGAUACAUAUAAUAAUUACCUUGAGUCUGUUAGUCAAUAGUCAUUAGUCGCUUAAUAUUAUAUAUAAAUAAUCUGUUACUGUGAGACUUCGUUAGUUUCAGAUUAUUUGAAUACUUGAAGACUUGAUGCACUUGGUAUUAGCAGCAUACUAUAAUACUUAAUACUUACUACCUAUUACAGUACUGCAGACAUCAAUUGCAAUCAGUUACGUUAACGUUACUACACAAUAGUCAAUCACUGUAUAACCACUAUGGAUUCUACGAUUUCUGUGUCCAAGGGAUGUUUUGUGUUUAAAAAACCAAACAAGGAAAUUAAUAAAAAAAAAAGCAAAAGCAAGAAACAAUUGACAACCAAUCAACCAGAAGCUGAGUUAUGGCAUACUACAUACAUAGAUAUUUGGAAUGAUGUUAAAUCUAAAAUUGAUGAUUUAACGGGAUCAAUAUACUCCAAGUUUAUUUCGGAAACUGUAGAUUUCCUGACAACGUCAAACAUCACUACAAAUCAAUAUAUUCCAACAGCAUGUUUGCUUACAGGAGUGAAUUUACCAGAUCAUGAAUCACUAUUUGGAUUAUUAGCAACCAAUUUAGAAAAAUCUCAGCCGCCUGUUAUUGUUGCAACAUUAUUUUCUGAGCACUUUUCUAAUGUUAAAAAUGCAGUUAUAAGUAUGGUGUCACAAUUGUUGAACCCAAAUGAUGAUGAUUCCGAUUUUGAUGAGGAAAUGGAUGAAAGCUUAAAUGCUGUUGUUAAACGAUCUGAAUGUACUAUAUCUACUUUGAUUGAAUGGUAUAGUCAUCAACCUACUGGAACUCGUAUAGCAAUUCUGGUAAAAGAUUAUGAAAUGUGUCAACAAACAGUCUUACAAAAUUUCAUCUUACUCUUAAGUUGCUAUAUAAAAGAAAUUCCAAUUGUAUUGGCUAUUGGUAUUGCAACUUCUAUAUCAAACUUACACAAUUCUCUCCCUCAUCACGUGGUCACUAAACUUAAAGUGAAAAUGUUUGUUAGUGAAGCAUCUGUAGUAUUUUUAAAUAAUAUCAUGGAUCAGGUAUUUUUAAAGCCAGACUGUUCAUUCUACUUGGGCGGGCGUAUUUUAGAAUAUGUGACUGAAGUAUUUUUAUACUAUAAUUUCUCUAUUAAACAGUUUAUAGAAAGUCUCAAGUUUUGUCUCAUGGAACAUUUUUAUCUUAAGCCUCUUAAUUGCAUAUGUGUGGCUCAUGAAUCAGCACAAGGAGCUUUAUUUGAUUCUCUAGAUAAAAAAACACUAGAAGAAAUUACUAAACUGCGUUCAACAAAUUAUAAAUACAAAAUCGACAACAAUUUUAAAGAAACUUUUCUUCAAUUAAUUGCAGAAUUGAAAGCUUGCAUUGAUGAUUUUCAUAUUGGACUAAGAGUAUUACACAUUUUAGUGGCGGACUUACCACAUUCACCAUUAGGAACUCAACUCAGAGAAAUGUAUAGCACUGCAAUGAAGAAACACAUCAUUGACAAUACAUUAUUUAAAACGUGUUUACAAUUAUUAAAAUUUUUAUCUAAAGAUGAUUUACUUGCAAAAUUUGACAAGAUAAUUCAUGUUUUCAAGAAUAUAAAAAAUAAUAAACGGGCAAAAACUGCUAUAAAAUUAGUUCAAAGCUAUGUGAAACGUUUAGAGGAGUCCCAUUUAAAUAAUUUAGUUAUUGUAGAAGAUAAACCUCAAGAGAAACCUAAAGACAAUUUACAAGCUAUAUCAAGAUCACAGUUUAAAAGAAAACUUAUAGACAAUGUUAAACUCGAAGAUACCCGGCCAAUGACUGAGUUUGAAAAAGCACGUUCAGAAACUUUAGAUCAUUUAACAGAAGUAAUAUUACGGCAAUUUCUUGUACCUCCAACCACCAUGCCUUUAAAUGAAUUGUUGAUAUUUGAUGAUUUACCAUCAAUUAGACGCAAGAUUGUUGGAGAAGACAGAGCUGCUCAAUAUACAGCAUUUGUCAAUCCUCAACACUAUCUAGAUUGUGAUUGCUGUGAAUUGGAAUUUACAGAACAAAUAUUUAAAACCAUGCCAGAUAUAUCUAUUGUAUACAAAUUACAUUUAGAGUCAAGGUUUGACCAGAUUAACAUAUAUGAUUGGUUACAGAAAUUUAUUUCAAUUGUUGGUCCUGACCAAAACGACGAUGACAAUGAUGACGAUAUAGAUCCAGUAUUACAAUCUCGAUUUGUGCGAGCUGUAAAUGAAUUGCAGCAUUUAGGGUACAUACGACCGUCCAAGUAUAAAGCAGAUCAUGUGCAGCGCCUUACAUGUGGAUCUUGCUAAUUUUUAAUGAUUAAUAUCAUUGAUUAUAAAUACUAUAAUAUUUAUAAUCAAUUUUAAUACCUAUUAGUUAUUUAGUAAUCACUGGCUUUUAAUUUUUACUUAAUUCUUUUUCUUACUUUGUAUCCCAAAAAAAAUUAUUUGCAUGUAUUAUUUUUUUUUAAAUGUGUGGUACCUAUCUAAUAAAUAUUAUAUAAAAAAAAAGUCAACGUUGCUAUUAUGUUCAGAAUGAGGACGCGCAAGCGACCCUAUAGACUCAAUUAAUUAACUACAAGGUCCUCGAUAUAAUCGUUUUGUUAAUUAUAAUACCGACACAGAUUCGGGUCAUUUCUUUAGUCUUUUAUACAUAUAUUAUGAUUAUGUGUUUUAUUGAAAGAAACAAACAAUGAGGCUGUAUCAUAGGUGUUGGUACCCAUGUUCUAUUAUAUAGAUAGGUACAUUAUAUUGUGAUGCCGCAAACGCCCAACACCACAAAUACCUGUGGGCUGUCCGAAAUACUGCUAUCAAUCGAGAGUGUACCUCCAUGUUACCUAUAUUAAUUGUCCCGGCCGAAACUAGGCUGUUUAAAAUAAAAUUCGCGAAUGUAUUCCGCCAACGCACCCGACUUCCGGAACCCGAAGUUUUGUUUUAGGCAAGUUUACUGUAUUAAUAUUUUGUUUGCUCGCAUCUAAUAGACAGGUCUCCUUGCAGAUUAAGAAAAUAUGGAACCUUAGAAUUUGUGUAAAAUAAUGAUGUUAGGAAUUUAAGGGGUUGAAUUUUAGAGUAUACCACGGUAUACCUAUAUGACUCGUGUAGUAACUUUUAAUAAAUACCAAAAAUAAAAUCGCUAUCAUGUAAAGUAUGAAGUUUAAACGUUUUUAUUACAGUGAUGAAUCCAGGAGAGGUGGGCAAAGGGUGCAUUUUCUCCCUCCAAUCAGCGUAGUUCCCCUAUGUUCUACAAUGUCUUAAGCCGAUUUUGUAGCCAAUUUUUGUCCUUUUGAAUUUUGCUUUAAAUGGUUACUAAACAUUUUCCAUGCAUAGUCAAAUUUCGAAAUAUUUUGACUCUUUUUGAGCUAUUUAUAGCCAUGACAAUUUUUUUAUUUUGUAAAAUAAAAAAUUUCAAUAAAAAAAGUUGAACAUUUAAUGCAAGGUUACUCAUAAAGUUAUAAGUUUUUUUGAUAGUCUGUUUGUGUGGACCUGCAGCAAGAUAUGGAUAUAAUGCUGCGAUAACGGACCCAGUGGUAACCAUGACCACGUGGAGGGGCAAGCACUGCAAGGCUAAAUCUCGACGAAAUAUCUGGAUCAGAAACCUAACAAAAAGCAACCAAAGGGGACCUCACCAGCGAUGGUUAGAUAGGAUGAAAAAUGAUACUUAAGAUACCAUGGAUUCAAACAGAUUGGAUGGCGCAAUGGACCGGAGUGGAUGAAGAAGUUUGGUGGAAGCAUGCAAAAGGCCUUAUAAUAGUAUAAUUAGCAUAAGAAAAAAAUUAUAAUAUAAUAUAAUAAUUAUUUAAUUCUCACUAUAAUAUGUCAAGUGCCACUAAUGGUAGGCUUCUUAUUCCUAUUUUCAUAUAUUUUUGUUCUGUCACAGUGUCACCACAUACUGGUAUUGUGCUAAAUAGUAGGUACAGAUUGUGUGUAUCUUAAUAAA